UGUCUAGUCUUAUGAUUUCUCUCUUACAUAUCAUACUAAAAGCUAAAAAGAGUGUUGUGGAGUUCAGAGGAGAACACUAUAAAUUAGGAUUUUGGAGAAGUGUAUUAAACAGAAUAGAUUUUGAUUGUAAUUGUAAUUUGCUUUUCAAAGCAAAGUUCAGAAAGUGAAAGUAAAUUGUAGAUCGUUGCAGCUUUUACAAGAAGAGGAAAUGGAUUCAAAAUCUGUGGAAGAUCUUUCUUGUCCCGUGUGCUUUGAAAUCUUCAAGGAUCCUGUUCUUCUGUCCUGUAGUCACAGUAUUUGUAAAGAGUGUCUUCAACAGUUCUGGAAGACCAAGAAAACUCAAGAGUGUCCUGUCUGCAGGAGAAGAUCCUCAAACGAGCUGCCUCCACGUAAUCUAGCAUUAAAAAACUUAUGUGAUUCACUAAUAAAGGAGCAAAAUGAGAGACGUUCAUCAGGAUCUGAGGAGAUCUGCAGUUUACACAGUGAGAAACUCAAACUCUUCUGUCUGGAGGACAAACAGCCUGUGUGUUUAGUGUGCAGAGACUCAGAGAAACACGUCAAUCACACAUUCAGACCCAUCAGUGAAGUGGCUUCAUCUCACAAGGAGGAACUGAAUACAGCACUGACAUCCCUACAAAACAAACUCAAACAUGCAGAAGAAAUGAAAGAGGAGUGUGAUGAAACGGUUCAACACAUCAAGUCUCAAGCUGAGCACACAGAGCGUCAGAUUAAAGAGGAGUUUGAGAAGAUUCGUCAGUUUCUCAGAGAUGAAGAAGAAGCUACAAUCACUGCACUGAGAGAGGAAGAGGAGCAGAAGAACCAGAUGAUGAAGGAGAAGCUGGAGGAGAUGAACAGACACAUCUCAGCUCUUUCACACACAAUCAAAGACACUGAGGAGAUGAUGAAAGCCAAUGACGUCUGCUUUCUGAAGAAUUUUAACGUCACAAUGGGAAGAGUCCAGAUCUCACAGCCGGAUCCACAGAUGAGUUCUGGAGCUUUGAUUCAUGUGUCACAUUACUUGAGUAACCUGCCGUUCAGAGUCUGGAAGAAGAUGCAGGAAACUGUCCAACACACUCCAUUGACUCUAGAUCCAAACACAGCUGGUUGUUGGCUCACACUCUCUACUGAUCUGACCAGUGUGUCGUACAGUGAUGAAGAUCAAGAUGUUCCUAAUAAUCAAGAGAGGAUUGAGAGGUAUCCAUGUGUUCUGGGUUCUGAGGGUUUUAACUCAGGAACACACUGCUGGGAUGUGGAGGUUGGAGACAAUACACACUGGAGUGUUGGAAUAACCACAGCAUCAAACCAAAGGAAGGGAGAGGUUUUCUUUUACACUAAUGUCUGGUCUGUGCAGUACAUGGACAGUGAAUACUGCUCACAAUCUCCAACUCAACAGUUGACUUGCUUGACUGUUAAAGAGAAUCUGCAGCGUGUGAGAGUUCAGCUGGACUAUGACAGAGGAAAGGUGUCGUUCUCUGAUCCUCUAAGUAACAUCUGUCUGUGUACAUUCACAACAACCUUCACAGAAACUGUCUUUCCAUACUUAUGUAAUUACUACACAACUUCACCUCUGAGGAUCUUACCAGUUAAACUGUUUGUAACAGCAGAAAAUCACAGUUAAAUCUCAUUCUGCUUUAAGAUAAAUUCAGUAAAGAUACAAGAAUUUACUGUGUUUAUUGUUUUACAAAUGAUGCUUCAAUAGCAUCAUUGCAAUCAAAGGAACUUGGUCUCAUUCAUCAAUCACACUUUAUUAUAUGCAAGUAAAAGUAGUAUGGUACAAUAUAGUCAUUUAAGUCAUUUACAAUAAAGUGUUUAUAGAAGUGUUUAUACAUUUAAUCAUCUUGCCUAUUAAAUCCUAACUGAAGAGCAUAAAUUUUCAAUUAAAUGCAUUUAAAGUACAACUGCAGUGACAAAUUAAGACAUAAUACCAUGUAGGCUAUAAGACAAAAAAAGUUGGCAAAAAGUUGAGCUUGCAGUUGAUUGUGUAAUGAUGGGGUUUAACAAGACUAAAUGAUUGGAGAAGUCAGACAUACGUCACUAGCGAUAAGUAUGUAAAUAUAAAAAAAGAAUGUAAAAAAGAAAAGUAAAAAAGAAGAAAAGAGAAUGUGUACUGUCCUCCAAUUGGUGUUCUUAACCAAGAUUAGACAUCCAGCCAAACUCCCGUCAUGAAUACCACGAGAGUCAGGAUAUAGCUUUUUAGCUCUGUUUAAUCAAGACUCUUGUUCAGCACAAAAAAUACACUAAGAGGAAAUUAUAGCUUGUACAAUAAUAACAGAACUUAAUUGCAAUUAAAUAUAUCAUCUCAAUAACAUCAGUUGUGAAUUAAACACAAAGAUUUAGUGAUUUUAAGUCAACAUGAAUUUGCCACAAGUCUAUUCUUAGAAAUACUGUAACAGAAAAGGGCAGAACACUCCCUGCUUGAUGUUUAUGACACCACUGUCCAUAUUGCUACAAUUUAACAUAGACCUUUAAUCCGUUGAUGGUAAAAGUAGGACGACCUCUGUAAUAGGCCUGGUAAAGGUCUUUGGAGUACCUUAAGCAGUGGUCCUUAGAUUAACUGUUCGUACAGCCAUCUUGGCUGUGAAUAGCAGAAGUGACCACUGCCACAUAUUACAAGCAGCUUGGUUAUCUUUCAAUAAGACGAUGUAGCCUUCUAGCAAGUUGCGACACAUUUCAUUCAACUUCAAGCGAAUGUCACUAUACUCCCCUGGUGGACAUGUGACUGCCCCUUUCUGAGUAAGCAGCAUCACUGGUGUCAAGAUAAAUGGAGACUGUGGGUCGGUUGAUACAGGAAUGAGAGGUCUAGCGUUAAUGAUGGCUGAAACUUAUGAGCCAUCUCAUGAGUAAGAUGCAAUUCAGAAUUCUGUGGGCCACUCCAAUCAUAUGUUCCAAAGAACCUCCUCUGUGUGAAGAAUGAGGAGGAUUGAACUCCCAGGAACAGUUCUGCUCGCUCAGAUAUCUGAGAACCCUUUCUUCCUGUUGGAGCUUGUUCAGCCCAAACUCUUUGCUCGCUCCCACAAAGUUUGUGCCACAAUCUCCUUAGCUGCUUUGCGGGUCCUCGUAUGGCAAAGAAUCGUUUCAAUGCGUUGAUGCAGCUGGAGGCAUCCAUUGAUUUGAUGACCUCAGUAUACACUGGUCUUACACUUAUGCAAGUGAACAAUAUAGCCCUACGCUUACUCUCUGAGUGUCCACCUCUAGUGCGCCUCGCUCUGACCACCUAAGGUCCAAAAACGUCCAAUCCUACCUCGAUGUCAUGUUCUGCUGUCCUGCAGAGAGUCUUGCCAUGUUUCCCAUUCUUUCCUUUUUUUUCACCCUCACUAGCGGCUUGCCUUAGCCCAUAAAUGGCAACUGCCAGGGAAGGCUAUUGCCAAACACAUUUUCCUUCAUGCAGUAUGGCAUUCUUUGUUGGGUCACUGUCUCUGAACCAGAGGAACCUAAGAAAGUUACGAUGGUCCUCUCUGACUUUGAAACAAUGGCACAUUUGUUGGAUGUUGGCUGUGAUGGCUAUGAGCUCCUUACAGAAUCGAAGAAGGACUCCCAGUGAGUUUUUUUCAGAUCGGGGAUUAACAAGUUAACAAGAUGUUGUUGAGGGAGAUGCCAUGAUGUUGGGCGCUGGAGUCAAAUACCACCCUGAUUUGGUCUGGCUUUUUUGGGUGGUAAACCCACAAGAUUGGCAAGAACCAACACUCCUCUCCCUCUUUUAAUGGUGGUGCGGGUUCAGCAUGGUCAUUCUCCAGAAGUUUCUUAAUGAAAGUGACAAACUGCUUUUCCAUCUCUGGUUUCUUUUUAAGAAUAUGUUGCAGAGAAUGGAAUCUAUUAAGAGCUUGUUCGCGAUUGUUGGGAAGUACUUGUCUGGGCGCUCUGAAGGGCUGGCUGGUCAGCCAGGCUGGUCUUAGCUGGUCAGGCUGGUCUUAGCAGGUUUUAACUGGUCAGCCAGGCUGGUCUUAGCUAGUCAGGCUGGUCUUAGCUGGUCAAAAUAUUUGUUUGAUCGAUCGUUUAAUUGAUUGAUUACAUAGUGUCUGCCCCAAUUUUCGUGUCAAAGGGUGUUGAGACAAAUAAUGCGACAAAUAAGUAAUAAGUUUACUUUUAAUAAUCUGCAGGACCACAAGGAACCAUUAAAACAAUUUUUAUUUGAUCUUACAGCCCCUUUAAAAAAAUGAUAUUCUAACAAAUAUUUACAAAAUAUUUACAAAAUAAUUGGAAUGAUUACAAUUCUAAAACUAUAUUAACAAUUAAUGGUGAAGAUGAACAAUAACAGAAUUCUAAACAUUAUGCAUUUUCAUUUUUCUUUUCUUUAUUAUAUCUUGUAUUUUUUAGGAUAUGUAAUGCUCCACUUGUUUCUUCCUCUCUCUCUCUCUCUCUCUCUCUCUCUCUUCUUCCAGGCUCCUUUUGUUUCC